AUGUAUUUGGAUGAUUGGGCUAUCUUUGCCGGCAGCAGACAGGAGCGCAUACGGUAUACGCGCUACGCACUGAAGGUGUUUGCUAUGUUAGGAUUACGAGUCAAUACCGAGAAAUCUGUUCUUACACCAAGACAGAACCUGCACUUUUUGGGCAUUGACAUAGACACCAUAGCCAUGAGAUUCACGUUACCCAAACAGCCUGAUUACAAAGCGAAGCGAGGUCGCUGGCAGCCCACGAGGAAGUGGGAGCCCGAGACCUCUCUUAAUUUCUCAGGAGAAUAA